AUUCAUAUUCUCAUUCUCACAAGUCACAACCAACCACAAAACAAAAUCUUGUGUUUUCCUCUAAACCCUCAAAAUCAAACAUGGCAACAAAGUUUACCCUUGUUUUCCUUUUCUUGACUCUCCUCUCUAUUGCAACUUCAACACCAACAAACUUCAUCAAAUCCUCAUGUAGCACAACAUCAUACCCAACACUUUGUGUUGAAUCUCUCUCUGUCUAUGCAACAACAAUCCAACAAGACCCUCAUCAAUUGGUCCAAACAGCUUUAUCACUUAGCCUGAACAAAACUCAAUCCACUAAAGGCUUUGUUACAAAGUGCAAAAGUUUCAAAGGUCUUAAACCAAGAGAAUAUGCUGCUCUUCAUGAUUGUGUUGAAGAAAUCACUGAUAGUGUUGAUAGGCUUAGCCGUUCACUAAAAGAGCUUAAACUUUGCAAGAUCCAAGGUGAGGAUUUCAGUUGGCAUAUAAGCAAUGUUGAGACAUGGGUUAGCUCAGCUUUGACUGAUGAAAGCACUUGUAGUGAUGGAUUUGGUGGAAAAGCACUUGAUGGAAGAAUGAAAGCCUCUAUUAGAUCAAGAAUGGUUAAUGUUGCUCAAGUUACUAGUAAUGCUCUUUCACUUAUUAAUCAAUAUGCUACUAAGCACUAGAGAGAAAUUGAACACUAGGAAUCAAAGUUUUUUCUUUUGAGAUUGUUAAGAAACACUUAAUUGUGGUUCCUUUUUUGUUUUAUGUGAUUUGGUGUGUGUAAUGUGUAAUUACAUCUAUAUAUAUAUUGAAUAUGGAACUUUGUGAUAGUUUUGAAUUGUGAAAUAGUGUUUACUAUUUAUGUA